GGCUGCGUACUGGCUGUGGGAUGGGAAGUGAAGCCCCAGCGAGCGGCUGCGGCGGGGCUGUGCGGAGCAGCCAGCGGGAGGCGGCGGCGGCGCGGCGGUGAGCAGCGGAGAGCGCGGAGCCGGCGGAGGGAGCACCUGCAGGCACAGGCGGCGGCUCCACCAUGGCGAUUCGCAAGAAGAGCAACAAGAACCCGCCACUGCUGAGCCACGAAUUCGUGCUGCAGAAUCACGCGGACAUCGUCUCCUGCCUGGCGAUGCUCUUCCUGCUGGGACUUAUGUUCGAGAUAACAGCAAAAGCAGCCAUCAUCUUUGUUGCGCUUCAGUAUAAUGUCACCCGCCCUGCAACAGAAGAACAAGCUACUGAAUCAGCAUCCCUUUAUUACUAUGGUAUCAAAGAUUUGGCUACAGUUUUCUUCUACAUGCUAGUGGCGAUAAUUAUUCAUGCCAUAAUUCAGGAGUAUGUGUUGGAUAAAAUUAACCGACGGAUGCACUUCUCCAAAACGAAGCACAGCAAGUUUAACGAAUCUGGUCAGCUCAGUGCAUUCUACCUUUUUGCCUGUGUGUGGGGCACAUUCAUUCUCAUCUCCGAAAACUAUAUCUCAGACCCGACUAUUCUGUGGAGAGCGUAUCCCCAUAACCUGAUGACAUUUCAAAUGAAGUUUUUCUACAUCUCUCAGCUGGCGUACUGGCUCCAUGCAUUCCCUGAACUCUACUUCCAGAAAACCAAAAAAGAAGAUAUUCCUCGUCAGCUCGUCUACAUUGGUCUUUACCUCUUUCACAUUGCUGGAGCUUAUCUUUUGAACUUGAACCAUCUGGGCCUUGUUCUUCUGGUGCUGCACUAUUUCGUUGAAUUUCUUUUCCACAUUUCUCGUCUAUUUUAUUUUAGUGACGAGAAGUAUCAGAAAGGGUUUUCACUCUGGGCAGUUCUUUUUGUUUUGGGAAGACUUCUGACCCUAAUUCUUUCAGUCCUUACUGUUGGUUUUGGCCUGGCAAGAGCGGAGAAUCAGAAGCUGGAUUUUAGUACUGGAAACUUCAAUGUGUUGGCGGUUAGGAUUGCUGUUCUAGCGUCCAUUUGCAUCACACAAGCCUUCAUGAUGUGGAAGUUCAUUAACUUCCAGCUUCGGAGGUGGAGGGAACAUUCUGCCUUUCAGGCCCCACCUGUGAAAAGGAAACCGGUCGUGACCAAAGGCAGGUCUUCCAGAAAAGGAACAGAGAACGGUGUGAACGGCACAGUCACUUCAAAUGGAGCUGACUCUCCACGGAACAGGAAAGAGAAGUCUUCGUAAUGGAUCGGAACUGACUGAUUAAUGUCCCCCAAAGAGUCUGCUUUCUACUGCCUUUCAGCACUGGCCUUUUCUCUGUUCUUAAAAAUACACUUUAUGCUCUUUGAUGUUUGCUGUUGUCCUGCGUCCGAAAGGGCAUUUGAGGGGAGGGUGGUUACUCUGAGGAGAACAUAUUUUAGCUUAGACUCAGCUACCUGCCUUCAAAAUAGUUUAGGGACCAUCUUUUUUUUGUUUUGGUUUUUUUGUCUUUAAUGUUUUUUCUAAUGGUUUGGGAGAAACCAUUUACAACCCCCCCCCCCCCCCACACACACACACACACACACAUAACCAGUGAACAUUUUUCUUGCUCUCACCAAUUUUUUUUUACAAUAUUAUAGCAAGGUGACCUGUUCUAAGAAGGUCAUAUUUUUUAAGUUGUCUUUCAGGGUCAAAUGGAAAUACUAUAAAGUCAGAUGUCGGACUUUUAAUGUUUUCAGUGUUCUCUAAUUUUUAGGAGUUUUUUGUAGCCUUUACACCUGGGGGGGAAAAAAGAUUUGUAAAAUCACCAAAAUAAUUGUGUGCUUUAUUUUCUAAGUCGUGGUUGUACAUGUUACAUCCCAUUAAAAAGUACUGAUAGCUACUGCAAGAUUUAUUGCCACCUAUUGGGGCAGAUGUCAUCCAUUGGAGCAGAUGUCUUAUUAACACAAGGAAGUGAAGUACUUAGGAAAUGAAGUCUUUUUGUGCAUUUUCAACAUUUAUCAACUGGCAAUCAGAAAAUGUUUACUGUGAAGAGGAGUAUUCAACUUACAUAGACCUUUUUGAUAUGUUUGGUAGUGAUUCUUGAUGGGGCUUGUUGUAAGUUUAGUAUGUAUAACAUCUUAAUGAGAUACCAUUUAAUCUGCAAGCCCUUUUAAAAAGUAAUGCCUACUUGAUUGCUAUCUAUUAAAAACAAAAGGUGUCAGGUAAUUACAUUUGGGAAACUAAUGCACUAACUUUAAAGAAAUUGAAAAUUCAGGUGGAUAGUCUUAACAGAAGACAUGCUUUAUGUUAUAGCUUUGGACCCAUCUUUAAUUGAGAAACGUUUAUCUGUAUAAAACAUAUUUUUGGAUAAAUAUAUAUACAUAUAUAUUUGUAUCUACAGAAAGGCUCUAAAAAGCAUUUGCGUAAACUGGUUCCCUUUUCUAUGCUCGUCUUCACACCCUGCGCUCGGUCUGUCCGUUGUUGUUCAGCACAUGCAGUGCUCCAUUGGUCCCCGUUCUCACUGUCACCAGCUAAAAAGUGUCCGUGCCAUGUUGAAUAUAGAAGCUACAAGCCUCAGGCCUGUAGUUAAGUUGCCAUGCUGCUAGAACAUGCUUUCUCUUCUCUAGCUGUUUACCUACUUCCUGGGAAAAGUAGUCGCUCUCUGUAGCAGUACCAAGUUUGAGUGGAACCAAAUUUCUGUCCUUAAAACUGGCAUUAUAUUGAACAAUACAUUGAGAAAUCGAAAUAAAAAAUUUUUAGUUUCACAAGCCACUUCCUGGACAGUUCCUUCACUGUAAUGUUUAUGCUACUUUGAAUGUAUAUUCUCAUUAAAGUAUACCAUUAAAAGA